CACUCAUAUAGCUUUCUGUAACUCGCCAACUGAAUGAUGGAGCUCCCUCCUAUGCGCUUAAGGUUAUUUUGGUCAUUUAUCCUCCACACCAUCCUUCUCUCUUCCAUGGACGUUCCAUGGUUGUUGGGAUCUGCAGCUAACUUCUCCAACGAAACAGAUCGGCUUGCAUUACUAGAAUUCAAAAAUCAGAUAACCGACGAUCCUCACCAUUCCUUACGCUCGUGGAACCAUGCUCUCCACUUCUGCCAAUGGCAAGGAGUCUCAUGUGGUGGUCGCCGUCAUCCUCAAAGAGUCACUGCCUUAAACCUCACUAGCCAAAAUCUGGUCGGCACCAUAUCUCCUUACAUAUCAAACCUCACCUUCCUCAGAAGAAUCGGUCUCACAGACAACAGCUUCCAUGGGACGAUUCCUCAAGACAUUGGCCGUUUGUUCCGCUUGCAGCAUCUCUAUCUCGACAGUAACAGAUUUACCGGAGAAAUUCCAGAAAAUCUCACCCUCUGUUCAGAACUCAUAGGCAUCGAUCUUUUCGAUAAUCAGCUUGUAGGGAAAAUCCCAGUCGAGUUUGGUUCUCUAUCAAAGCUCACAAAAUUAAGCCUUGGUCAAAACAAUCUCACAGGAAUUAUCCCACAAUCACUUGGAAAUCUUUCAUCUCUCUCGUUCAUUUAUUUCUCAAUAAACAGUCUGGAAGGCAGCAUCCCAAAUGAACUAGCUCGGUUGGUGAAUUUACGCACUCUAGCCAUUAAUCAAAAUAAACUAUCAGGUACGAUUCCUCACUGGCUAUACAAUCUCUCCACUGUUACUGGCAUGGACUUGGGAUUUAACAGAUUCCAUGGAAAUCUUCCACCUAACUUAGGCCUCACUCUUCCUAAGCUCCAAUUAUUUUACAUCGCAUCAAACCAAAUUACAGGACUCGUACCAAAUUCAUUUCCCAACGCUUCAAAACUCACAGUUAUCGACCUUGCUGUAAAUAGUUUUAGUGGACCCGUGCCUUUGAAUUUUGGAAGCCUCAAGAGUCUCACAGUCUUGAAUUUGUGGGGCAAUAAACUUGGAAUUGGUAAAGGUGGUGGUGACUUGAUUUUUUUCGAUUAUUUGACCAAUUGCAGUAAUUUACAAAGUCUUUCGGUGAGCCGUAACAAUCUUAGUGGUGCCUUACCCAAUUCCAUAACUAAUCUUUCGACCCAACUUACACGGCUAGCUUUUAAAGGUAAUAUGAUAUUCGGAAGCAUCCCAUCUGAAAUUCAGAAUCUUGUCAGCUUAACAACACUAGACAUGCAGUAUAACUUUCUAACAGGUUCUAUUCCCAUUAGUGUUGGGAAGCUUAACAAGCUGGGAAUACUUUCUUUUGGUGGAAAUAAAUUAUCAGGGAAAAUUCCAUCUUCCUUGGAUAACAUCACGAGCUUGAAUGAACUUUAUUUAUCUGGGAACAAUCUAUCAGGGAGCAUACCUUCAACUAUUGGAAAUUGCAUAAACCUGCAAUUCAUAUACCUCGAGAGUAAUAACUUCAGCGGCAGCUUACCUAAACAACUGUUCAGCAUUCCAUCUCUAAUUCAACUCGAAGCUGGAGACAACUUUUUUACUGAUCUGCCGCACACAGCCGGUUCCUUGGAAGCAUUUGGAACGUUCUCUGUUUCUAAUAACAAAUUGUCAGGCGAAAUUCCAAGCUGGCUAGGCAAUUGUCCUAGUCUACAGUUUCUUCGGUUGGAUGGGAACUUCUUUCAAGGAUCUAUUCCUCCAACAUUUGGUAGAGGCCUCCAGUUGCUGGAUCUUUCACGUAACAAUUUGUCUGGGAAGAUUCCAAAAUAUAUGGAGAAGCUCGCUCUGGUGUAUCUAAAUCUAUCUUUCAAUAAUUUCGAGGGUGAAUUACCAAAACAAGGGGUCUUUGGAAAUGCCAGUCAAGUUUCAGUGCUCGGAAAUAGUAAGCUUUGUGGGGGUAUUCAAGAAUUACAGUUGCCUCCAUGCUAUCGCCAAGAUUCCAAGAAACGGAGGAAGUCUCUUGCUUCAAAAGCGAAAAUCUCAAUUAUUGUUGUCUUAUGUCUUCUUUCAUUAUCAUCUAUCGUUACCGCUCUUUAUUGGGUAAGAAAGUCGAGAACGAAACCUUCUGCUGUGCCUUCUACGGAGGAUCCUUUCAUGAAUAUAUCAUAUGCCGAGCUCUUUAAAGCGACAAAUGGCUUCUCUUCUGCAAAUUUGAUUGGCAUUGGAAGUUUUGGUUCCGUGUACAAAGGGAUUCUGGAUCGAGAUGGAACUGUUAUCGCAGUGAAAGUCCUCAACCUUCAGCAGCAAGGAGCUCUGAGGAGCUUUAUGGCCGAAUGUAAAGCCUUCAGAAACAUUAGGCAUCGGAAUCUUAUUAAAAUCUUAACUUGUUGCUCAAGCAUUGAUUUUAAGGGAAACGAUUUCAAGGCUUUAGUUUUUGAGUACAUGCCCAAUGGAAGUCUAGAGAAGUGGUUGUACAAAGAUGAACAUGAUCAAUUGAGGUGGAAUUUAAAUUUUAUUCAAAGGCUAGAUAUAGCUAUUGAUGUGGCUUUUGCACUGGAUUAUCUGCAUCACCAUUGCCAAACACCAAUCGUUCAUCGCGAUUUAAAACCGAGCAACAUUCUCCUUGAUAAUGACAUGAUUGCUCAUGUGGGUGACUUCGGGUUAUCGAGGUUCAUAUCUGAAGUUCCUCAAUCCAGCUCGGUUGGCAUGAAGGGGUCUAUUGGCUACAUUGCUCCAGAGUAUGCGAUGGGUGGUAAAGCAUCUACACAAGGAGAUGUUUAUAGUUAUGGGAUCCUUAUAUUGGAGAUGAUAACCGGAAAGGGGCCGACUAACGACAUGUUUAAAGACAAUCUAAGCCUUCAUCAUUUUGCUAAGCUGGCGUUUCCUGAACAAGUGAUGGAGAUUGUAGAUCCAUUUCUCUUAGAAGAAGCUGAAGUCACUCAAGGCAGCAGAAAUCAUAUCAACACAAGAAAUAGAAUGCAUGACUGCUUGAGUUCAAUGGUCAGAAUCAGUGUGUUGUGUUCCACAGAAUCUCCAAGAGAGAGAAUGGAGAUGAAAGAUGUUGUCAUAGAAAUGCGUGCAAUCAAAGACUUAUAUCUGGGGGUAAGGAUUCGUUGAGACACGCCGCAGUUGGGUGAAGGUCCGUCCUAUCUCAAUCAUCACUGAGAUGUUAUUGGUAGUUAUGUUGAGAAAGAUUUCAAAAUAAAAUAAGUUUGUUGAAUACCUUUUUUAAACAAGCUUUAGAUGUAUUUAGUCUUGGCUUAAGAGUGUGCUUUUUCCAACUGUUUAUGCAUGGGAAGAUGUCUUUCUUCCUCUUCGUUUAGUCAUGGUGUUUGUUAAAGGGAGAAUGUAUCAUGAGUGCAAUAUGAUAAAGAUAUCAUCUUAUUAUAAUAAAAAUACUAUUGGAUUUGUAAGAUGUUUAA